GCUAUUUUGAAAGUGACCCUGGGCCGGGCGGCCGCGGGGCGGCGGGGAGAGGCGCGGCGGGCGCCGCGGGAACCAUGACAGAAGAUGACCGAGGCGGCGCUGGUGGAGGGCCAGGUCAAGCUGCGGGACGGCAAGAAGUGGAAGACUAGGUGGCUGGUGCUGCGCAAGCCGUCGCCGGUGGCAGACUGCCUCCUGAUGCUGGCCUACAAGGACAAGUCUGAGCGAGCCAAGGGCCUGCGGGAGCGCAGCAGCCUGAUGCUGGAGGACAUCUGCGGCCUGGAGCCCGGCCUGCCCUACGAGGGCCUGGCCCACACGCUGGCCAUCGUCUGCCUGUCCCAGGCCGUCAUGCUGGGCUUCGACAGCCGCGAGGCCAUGUGCGCCUGGGACGCCCGGAUCCGCUACGCGCUCGGUGAGGUGCACAGGUUCCACGUGACGGUGGCUCCAGGCACCAAGCUGGAGAGCGGCCCCGCCACCCUUCACCUCUGCAACGACGUCCUCGUCGUGGCCAGGGACAUCCCUCCGGCUGUCGCGGGGCAGUGGAAGCUGUCUGACCUCCGGCGCUACGGGGCCGUGCCCAGCGGAUUCAUCUUCGAAGGCGGGACCAGGUGUGGGUACUGGGCCGGAGUCUUCUUCCUGUCCUCAGCCGAGGGAGAGCAGAUCAGCUUCCUGUUCGACUGCAUCGUCCGCGGCAUCUCUCCGACCAAGGGCCCCUUUGGGCUGCGGCCGCUUCUCCCAGACCCGAGCCCUGGGGAGACCCCCACGGCGGAGGAGCGAGUGGCCCAGGAGGCCCUGGAGGCCCUGAAGCUGGAGAAGCGGCUCAGCCUCCUCUCCCAUGUGGUCCGGCCGGGGAGCGGAGGGGACGACCGCAGCCUGUCCAGCUCGUCCUCGGAGGCCAGCCACUCGGACGUCAGUGCCGGCAGCCGGCUCACGGCGUGGCCCGAGCAGUCCUCGUCCUCGGCCGGCACGUCGCAGGAGGGCCCGGGGCCGGCGGCCACCCAGGCCCCCGGGGAGGCCGCGCCGGGCGCCUCGAGGCCGCCACCCAAGCCCCUGCGGCCGCGGCAGCUGCAGGAGGUCGGCCGCCAGAGCUCGUCGGACAGCGGCAUCGCCACGGGCAGCCACUCCUCCUACUCGGGCAGCUUCUCGUCCUGCGCGGGCAGCAGCCUGGACGUGUGGCGCGCGGGCGACGAGUUCGGGUCCUCGCUCAGCCUGCCGCCCGCGGCCGGGGUGCCCGACCCCAGCCUGUGCGCCUGCCCGCCGGGGACGGCCGAGUACCAAGUGCCCGCUGCCCUGCGGCCACAUUAUGACACGCCACGCAGCCUGUGCCGGGACGCCAGGGACCAGACCGCCACCGCACAAGGCAGCCCCGACGACGGAGGGGCCGGGGACUUGGGUGGCCAGGCGUCCGCGGGGUGUCCCUCCGGCUGGCUGGGCGCAAGGCGGCGGGGACAGGCGGCGGAGGCCCCGGGCAGCGAGGCCCCCGGCGGGGCCUGGGAAGCAGGCAGUCCCCACGCGGGGCUUCCUCCGGCUUUCUUUUCCACUUGUCCCGUCUGUGGAGGACUCAAGGUAAACCCCCCUCCCUGAGAGCCGUGGCCCAGGCCCGCUGCUGCGGGGGCUGGUUCGUCUCUCCCGACAGGAGGGGAGGGGGCGCCUUUGUGCUGCUGGCGGAGCCAGCCGCUGUGUGGCGCGGUGGGGAGGGCACAGCGGCGGCAACCCCAGAGCCUCCUCCUCUCUGGGCGUGAGGCCUGCAGGGGGGGCCCACGGGACUGACCGGGAUGCGGCCGGAAGUACGUUCUGGAAAAGCGGGGCAGGCGGGGGGCUGGCAGAGUCCCAGAGCCCGAGGAUCAGGUGCUGGGGGCACAGGAGGGUGCUGUGUCCUAGGUGGCUCAAGCCGUGCCCUCGGGGUGAGCAAGGCUGGGGGCGCCCCUCGCUGGCCUGUGCCACUGCCUGCCUGCUGGACGGCCAGUCUCACACCUCAGGUCCGUCCCCUCCAGUGCACAGUCACCGCGCCCGACAAAAGUUAGGUCCCCCUGCAGCCGCCGCAGACCCCCAGUUGCCGGGCCAGGAGCACGGCACGUCGUGCGUCCGAGAGCUUUACCGAUCUGCCCCGCCCCGCCCCGCCCCUCCUCUGCAAGGCGGCACCACUGCUGACCCGUCCACCAGGGGAGGAAACUGAGGCUCAGGAGGUACAGGGGCUCGUAGGGUCUGGGUGUCCACGGCUCACCCGCCAGCCUUUCCCUGAAGCCGCAGCCUCCGGGGUGAGGGCUGGGCCGGGGGGCAGGGUGGUGAUGUCCCUUCCACCAGCUAGCCCGGCAGGGCCAGCUUGCCAGGGGGCCCCUGUGGAAGCUCCAGAAGCUGCACCGUCCUCCCCCGCCACCCCCUGGCUGAGUUCGAGGCUGGAGCUCGGGCCUCCGGGGCCUGUCCCUUGGCAUCCGGAGGGCACGUGGGCGCCCUCCGCGCCUGUCUGCUCGCCUGCAUGGGGUGCGGCUGCGUUGCCUGGUUUGUCCAUCGCUCUGCGGCUUCGUGCACCUGCGAGAGGCGGGGCCUGUGCGGCUCCGGGCUCCGGUUGGCGCCGUCCCGCGCUGUCCGGAGUCACCCCCAUGGGGGGGCAAACAGCUCACCUGUAAAUACGUGGCUUUGUACCUUCACCGUCGGCUGAAGACGUCGGUCGCUCUUACAUUUU